GCUAAAUUUUCAGCACAAUAAUUAAGAGCUGGAUUCUUUCAUGUUUUGGCUGUAAUAUGAGCAAAUGUGAUAUAUAUGGAUGUCUGCUUAAAGGUAAUGUUAGAUGAUUACUUCACCAUGGUGAUAAAAUCAUAUUUGUUCCAAAUGUUUCCACGUGGGGGUCUAGCAUUUACAUGUGUGUUUGUGUCGUUUGUUUGUAUUUGCUUUCAGGUGCUGAAGCAGACCAAGGAAAAAAUAUUAUAUGUUUGCCUGACUUGAAGAAACUCAUAAUGGAAGAUUGGAAGAGCUAUAUAAAAGCUGGUGGUCACUAUGGUCCAUAUCAGGCAGAAAACAAAAAUGUCCUUGACUCACUCCUAGUUGGCUUUCAUCAUUGUUAUAUUAGAUUUGACAAAAUUAAACUACUUUUCCAAUCUGACCCUACAAUUAAUGCAAUAAUGAGAUUUUUAGAUGCAAAAAAAUAUAAUGAAGCCAAAGUUCUUUGGCUGGUGAGGUUAAAUCUCAUAUCUGAGGACUGUACAUUCAAAACGUCUAAGGUAAUAAAUGUUCUGAGUGAGGUAAAGGACCAUUUGCCAAUGCUUCAAGAGCUGGUUUGUUCCAGAGACCAUUUUUCUGAAAGUGGAGCCAUUCAUGGAGCUGCUGAUCGUUUACAAGAAAGCAUUCUAUGUGAGUUCCAGCCCUAUGGAGAUGUAAUGACUUUGGGUAAAUAUGGAGACCCCUGCCUCAUACUUGUAAAAAUAAAUGGUUGGAUGGACACAGCUCCCCCACUUUAUAUCAAAGACAAAUAUGAAAGAACAUUUGAGCUGCAGUUUUUGCUUCUAUGGAGGAAUCAAGGGCUAAUAAAGCACAUGGUUGUGCACUGCAACCUGGUGGAUAGAUGGGUCCUGGACGACAAUAGCCAGAGUGUAGCACCACACAAUGACUUCAGAUUUGACACUGCGUGCUAUGUCAACAUCACCCAACCUGGACACAGUAAUGUUGGUGCUCCAGUGGCUGAAGAGGGGUUACGACCUGGAGCAUCAGUGUGGAAUUGGAGUCCAGUAGGAAAUGGGGACCAGCUUAUGUGAUUGUUCACUUUAGCCAAAGGCAGAGUUGCACACUUACAGUUAGAAAUGACCAUAAUGUUAGCAAACGUUAAAGAAGUGUGUAAGGAAAACUGCUUACUUGCUAAAUAAAUGGAAUUU